UUUGUCUGAUCCUCUUCUCCGAGUUCUCGUUGUCUGGGGAGAGAGAGCGAGAGAGAGUUGUGUGAAUGAUGGAACAACUACCGGAGAGGCGAGACGACCAUAGCCUCCCGGAGCGUAAGGGACAAAAGAGAAAAUUGGACGGCGGUUGCGGCGAGGAGCCAGAGAUCUCCGCCGUUACCGCCGACGGACGCGCCACGAUCCUCGCAGAGGUCGCCGCUCAGGUCGCCGUUCUCAACUCCACUUUCUCAUGGAACGAGGCCGAUCGUGCUGCUGCCAAGCGCGCCACUCAAGUCCUCGCCGAGCUCGCCAAGAACGCAGAGGAUUUAGUGAACGUGAUUGUCGAGGGAGGGGCUGUUCCAGCUCUCGUGAAGCAUCUCCAGGCGCCGACGUCCGGCGACGGAGACGCGGCUCAGAAGCCGUUCGAACACGAGGUCGAGAAGGGAAGUGCGUUUGCUCUUGGUCUUCUUGCGAUCAAGCCAGAGCAUCAGCAGCUUAUAGUAGAUAAUGGUGCCUUGCCUCAUUUUGUGAAUCUAUUGAAGAGAAACAAAGAUGGUUCUAGUUCUCGAGCUGUUAAUAGUGUUAUCAGAAGAGCCGCCGAUGCCAUCACGAAUCUGGCUCAUGAGAAUAGCAGCAUCAAGAGCCGUGUUAGGGUAGAAGGAGGUAUUCCACCUCUUGUGGAGCUGCUCGAAUUUGCCGAUACUAAAGUUCAGCGAGCAGCAGCAGGGGCGUUGAGAACCCUUGCAUUUAAAAAUGAUGAUAACAAGAACCAGAUAGUUGAAUGCAAUGCUCUUCCCACUCUCAUACUAAUGCUAAGAUCAGAGGAUGCUGCUAUACAUUAUGAAGCGGUUGGUGUUAUAGGAAAUCUGGUUCACUCCUCUCCGAACAUUAAGAAAGAGGUUCUGGCUGCUGGUGCUUUGCAGCCUGUCAUUGGUCUUCUAAGCUCUUGUUGCCCUGAGAGCCAAAGAGAGGCAGCUUUGUUGCUUGGACAAUUUGCUGCAACUGAUUCAGAUUGCAAGGUGCACAUCGUGCAGAGGGGGGCUGUGCGUCCUUUGAUUGAGAUGCUUCAGUCACCUGAUGUUCAGUUGCGGGAAAUGUCAGCAUUUGCCCUGGGGAGGCUGGCACAGGAUCCGCACAACCAAGCUGGUAUUGCUCACAGUGGUGGUUUGGUACCAUUAUUAAAGCUGCUUGAUUCAAGAAAUGGCUCGUUGCAACACAAUGCCGCUUUUGCUCUUUAUGGCCUUGCUGAUAAUGAGGAUAAUGUGUCCGAUUUUAUCAGGGUGGGAGGUGUCCAGAAGCUGCAGGAUGGGGAAUUUAUUGUUCAAGCAACGAAAGAUUGUGUUGCCAAAACAUUAAAGAGAUUGGAGGAGAAGAUUCAUGGAAGAGUUUUGAAACAUCUGCUGUACCUAAUGCGUGUUUCAGACAAGCCCGUCCAGAGACGAGUUGCUCUUGCUCUUGCACAUCUUUGUUCCCCAGAAGAUCAAAGAGCCAUAUUCAUCGACGGGAAUGGAAUGGAUUUGCUUCUUGGUCUGCUUGGAUCUACAAACACAAAGCAGCAACUUGAUGGUGCUGUUGCACUGUACAAAUUGGCAAAUAAAUCGAUGACACUUUCUCCUGUCGAUGCUGCACCUCCAUCUCCAACACAAAAGGUUUAUCUGGGAGAGCAAUAUGUAAAUAAUGCCACGUUGUCUGAUGUAACCUUUCUAGUUGAAGGUAAGAGGUUCUACGCUCACAGAAUUUGUCUGUUGGCAUCUUCAGAUGCAUUUCGUGCAAUGUUUGAUGGUGGUUACAGAGAGAAGGAUGCAAGAGAUAUUGAGAUUCCAAAUAUCAAAUGGGAGGUUUUCGAGCUAAUGAUGAGGUUUAUAUACACGGGAUCAGUCGACAUAACAAUGGAUAUAGCACAAGAUCUUCUAAGAGCAGCAGAUCAGUAUCUCUUGGAGGGGCUCAAGCGUCUAUGCGAGUACACCAUUGCACAGGAUAUAACGUUGGAAAACGUAGGGAGCAUGUACGAACUCUCAGAAGCAUUCCAUGCGAUGUCGCUGAGGCAGGCUUGCAUCCUGUUCAUCCUGGAGCAUUUUGAUAAACUGAGUUCGAGGCCCGGGCAUAACCAGCUGGUGCAGCGAACAAUCCCGGAGAUACGCAACUAUUUUUGUAAAGCUCUCACAAAGUCUAACCACCUCCAAAGCUUGAGGCUGUAGAAGAGGGAAGACGACGUCGUUUAUCAGUUCAUCCGUAUCUGAUUUUUAGCUAACUCAGUCAGUCAAUUCACGUUGUGCAGAAGAAGAAAUUAGGUCCUUUAUGGUCGGAGUUUUUUUUAGUAGCUUCAUAUAUCAUUUAAAAAAAAGCACAUGUUUUUGUCAGUGUCAUUUGUAUUGUUAGUUCUCGUCCGAAUGGUCACGAAGAACCAGCUGUUGUAUCAGACCCGAUUUUAGGAAACCUUCCAGGACACUGAGAAAUAGAGACACAGGCCAAUCUUCCCAAAACC